UUUUGUCUGGAUCCUAAAGUGGCGCGCAAAGACAGGCGCUGCUGAUCAACCGCGACCCUUGACGCGCGCCCGUUCCUGCAUGGCGGGGUAAAUUUCCAUAGGCAAACGUCCAUUCCUCUGCCCAAAAAGUCUGCGACAAGUGACUCUGCCGAUCCAAGGCCACCACCACCACCAUCUACCACCUACCACCUACCCGAACCGCUGACGCUCCCGCCGCUACUACUCUGCCACACGAUACCCAGACUCAGGCACUCGAUCAGGAGGAAACACACACAUACCUACACAGCCUCUUGCUUAGCUCUGCCCUUACAUAUCUGCCCGCAAGUCUCAACCCACGAAACGAGCCGCCCAUCGUAUUCUCCCUCCCCCACGCCAUCAUGUCCAAGUACGGCGUCAUGGUCAUGGGCCCGGCCGGAGCCGGCAAGUCCACCUUCUGCGCCUCCCUCAUCACCCAUCUGAACCUCAACCGCCGCUCCGCCUUCUACGUCAACCUCGACCCGGCCGCCGAGUCCUUCGAGCACGCGCCCGACCUCGACAUCAAAGACCUCAUCUCCCUCCACGACGCCAUGGAAGAGGUCGGCCUCGGCCCCAACGGCGGCCUCAUCUACUGCUUCGAGUUCCUCAUGGAGAACCUCGACUUCCUCACAGAGGCCCUCGACAACCUCACAGAGGAGUACCUCAUCAUCUUUGACAUGCCGGGCCAGAUCGAGCUCUACACCCACAUCCCCAUCCUGCCCGCCCUCGCCCGCUUCCUCUCCCAGCCGGGCAGCCUCGACAUCCGCCUCUGCGCCGCCUACCUCCUCGAAGCCACCUUCGUCGUCGACCGCGCCAAAUUCUUCGCCGGCACCCUGUCGGCCAUGUCCGCCAUGAUCAUGCUCGAGAUCCCCCACAUCAACGUCCUCUCCAAAAUGGACCUCGUCAAGGACCAGGUCCGUAAAAAGGACCUCAAGCGCUUCCUUACCCCCGACACGGGCCUCCUCGACGACGACCCCAUCUCCAUCGCCGCCGCGGGCGGCGAGCCCGACGACGGCCGCGGCGAGGUGCACGACCGCGACCUCGUCAUGCGCGGUCGGAGCUUCCAGAGGCUCAACCGCGCCGUCGCGGGCCUGAUUGAGAGCUUCAGUAUGGUCAACUACCUCAAGCUGGAUAACACGGACGAGGACAGCGUCGGCGCGAUCCUGAGCUACGUGGAUGAUAUCAUCCAGUACCACGAGGCGCAGGAGCCAAAGGAGCUCAAGGACGAGGAGUUUGACGAACCGCAAGACGAUUAA